UCUUUUCUUUUUUUUCUUUCUCUUUCUGCGGUUUUCUAGAGCCACACUUCUCUGUUCCCUCCCCCGUCUCUCUCUCUUUCUAGACGCCGGAAACUUCUCGUUUUCGCCGGCGACUUCCAGUUCGCCGGAGGAGUGAAAUUUCAGACUUCUCGUUCGUGCUAUCGCUGAGUACCGAAGUUUAGGAUUCCGUGCACUCGCCUGGAAGAGAAUUCGCGGACUCGGUCGGGGAAUUUCCGGAUCUCUGAUUCCCGCCAAGUCCGCGCGGUUUCGAGAUAAUGUGGCGACACUAAGACCUUCUUCUCGGAUUUCCUCGCCAUAGAUCGUGUCGCAGUGGCUCUUAUUUUGGCGAAGUUCUAACUUAGACGAAGCCUUUGAGUACAGAACAACUACGGAAUGAGAUGGUGGAAAGAAAAGUUUGCAUGUCAAGGGAGGCUAAGCUGGAAUUUUUGAAGUGUAAAAAGCUUCAGCGGUUUAAUCGUGAAUCUGCGGGUGAUUUCCCAUGUGUCAACCAUGUUACGGGCAGAGGUGGAGGUGAUGCCCUAAUAGAGCCUGCAUCAUGUGGUGUGAGAAUCCAUGGUAACUUACAAGUUGGUGCUUCAUUGAAUGGCAAAGAUGUUUUCUCUAAGCAUAGAGUGCAAAAGUUUGAGACAUCAGAUCUUGAUUGGAUUGACAGAAUCCCAGAGUGCCCAGUGUAUUAUCCUAACAAAGAGGAAUUUCAGGAUCCUUUGGUUUAUCUGCAUAAGAUCGCUCCAGAAGCUUCCCAAUAUGGCAUUUGCAAGAUAGUAUCUCCCAUCACUGCUUCUGUUCCUGCUGGUGUAGUUUUAAUGAAUGAGAAAGCUGGGUUCAAAUUUACUACUAGAGUGCAACCUUUACGUUUAGCAGAAUGGGAUAUGGAGGACAAGGUCACUUUCUUUAUGAGCGGAAGAAAUUAUACUUUUCGUGAUUUUGAGAAAAUGGCGAACAAAGUUUUUGCUCGAAGAUAUUAUAGUGCUGGAUGCCUCCCUCCUGCAUACUUGGAAAAAGAAUUUUGGCAUGAAAUAGUUCGUGGGAAGACUGAGAGUGUUGAAUAUGCAUGUGAUGUUGAUGGCAGUGCCUUUUCAUCUUCUUCCAAUGAUGACUUAGCAAAAAGCAAAUGGAAUAUGAAGGGGUUUUCUCGGCUGCCCGAAUCCAUACUGCGGCUUCUUGAUACAACGAUCCCUGGUGUUACUGAACCAAUGCUUUAUAUUGGAAUGCUAUUCAGCAUGUUUGCGUGGCAUGUUGAAGACCAUUACUUGUAUAGUAUAAAUUACCACCACUGUGGGGCAGCAAAAACAUGGUAUGGAAUUCCUGGUCAUUCAGCAGUUGAUUUUGAAAAAGUUGUUCGAGAACAUGUAUACAACGGUGAUAUCUUGACAACGGAUGGAGAAGAUGGAGCUUUUGAUGUUCUUUUGGGAAAGACAACAAUAUUCCCACCAAAGAUUUUGUUGGAACAUGAUGUUCCAGUCUACAAAGCAGUUCAAAAGCCAGGGGAAUUUGUUAUAACUUUCCCUAGAGCAUAUCAUGCUGGGUUUAGUCAUGGCUUUAACUGUGGCGAGGCGGUGAAUUUUGCAACUGCAGAUUGGUUUCCUAUGGGUUUGAUAGCGAGCCGGCGCUAUGCUCUUCUAAGAAGAGUGCCAAUCCUUCCCCAUGAAGAGCUUCUUUGCAAGGAAGCAAUGCUUCUCUCUACGCUUGACGAUGCUGUUGCGUAUUCAUUGGAAGACUUGAAGUCUCGCAAAAGUGUAAAAGUUUCAUUUGUGAAAUUGAUGCGGUUUCAUCACCGUGCACGGUGGGCCUUCAUGAAAUCAAAAGCAUGCUCCGGAACAUCAUUAGUUACCCAUGGUACCAUUCUUUGCAGCAUUUGUAAAUGUGAUUGUUAUGUAGCAUACGUCAACUGCACCUGCUGCUGGCAUGUAAUGUGCCUCCGCCAUGAUCCUAGGUCAAUUGAAUUGCCAUGUGGCAGCCGUAGAAUUCUCUGUGUAAGGGAAGAUGUUUUGGAGAAGGAAGAAGCGGCUAAGAAGUUUGAGGAGGAGGAUGAUGCUGUACUGCAUGAGUUUCAACAGCUUCGGAAAGGCGAUGAUGAUUUUUCUUUCCUUUCAAAACUGUUCCCUGAACUUGAGGACAGAGCUUACAUUCCUUAUUGUGAUCUGAGUCUAGAACUGACAGAGGAAGCAGAGGUUUUGAAAGGAGAAACAGUUUCUACAUCUGGUGUUUCAAAAGAGUUUUUUUUGUCGAUUAGAAAUGCCCAUGAGCAUGCCAAUUCAUCUACGCCGAACAAUUUAAGGGAUGGCAUGGAUAUUCUCAAAGAACCUUGCUCUAACGACGAGUCUGAUUCUGAAGUAUUUCGUGUUAAACGGCGUUCUAAGGUGGUCCAGCAACGUAGCAACACCCCCGUUUCUUCUAAUGAGCACCAGAGUUUGAAGAAACAUCGAGGCAGAAAUCAUGGAGAAGCCCAGCGGUAUGCUGAAUGUAGUGCCACCAGAGGUGUUGCAAUGAAAAAGAAUAACAAAGUGACACACGGCGGAUUGAGGGAGAAGCAUAUGGUGAAGAUGUCGAACCAUAGGCUGAUCCAGCAAAACCGUUUGGAAGUCAGAGGAAGACCGUCAUUUUCAUGAAACAAAGGUACAGUAGUUAGUGCAUCCAUGGAGGAGCGUCAACGCUGAUUAACCCAAAAACAGGUAGAAAAAGUUCAAAAAACAAAAAGAAACGUAGGUGCAUUCUUUGUGUGGCCCCGUGUCCAAAUGGGACGGGCUGCGGUCUAAAUUCUUGGGUUCGCCACAAGCUAUUCGAUUUGACAUUUAAAUUAAAGCUCAUUAUUCUUU